AUGCAGUGCCUGGGUGCCGAGUACCUGGUUUCUGAAGAGAGAGCUCCCAGGCCAAGAGAGUGGCGACCCCAGAUUUAUAGGAAAUGCACAGAUACAGCAUGGCUAUUCCUGUUCUUUUUCUUCUGGACCGGUUUGAUGUUCAUCAUGGGCUACUCGGCAGUGGCUGGAGCCACAGCAAGACUCCUGUUCGGCUAUGACAGCUUUGGCAACGUGUGCGGCAAGAGGAACUCCCCAGUGGAAGGGGCCCCUCUUUCAGGGCAAGACAUGACCCUAAAAAAACAUGUGUUCUUUAUGAAUUCCUGCAAACCGGAUAUCAAAGAUAGGAAGCUUGGUUCCACUGCCCUCUGUGUGUCCAGCUGUCCUGAAGAGCAGCUCAACACCUUGGAAGAGGUUCAACUCUUUGCAAACACCAGUGGGUCUUUCCUGUGCAUCUAUAACUUGAAUUCCUUCAACUACACCCGGAAUCCAAAUGCAAACUCACUGUGCCCUAGGCUACCAGUUCCUCCAAGCAAGUCUUUCCCAUUGUUUAACCGGUGCGUGCCUCAAACACCUGAGUGCUAUUCCCUGUUUGCAUCUGUUUUGAUAAAUGAUGUUGACACCCUCCAUCGAAUUCUAAGUGGAAUAAUGUCAGCAAGAGAUACAAUCCUUGGCCUGUGUAUCUUCGCAUUAGCCUUGUCCUUGACCAUGAUGUUCACCUUCCGAUUCAUCACCACUCUUCUGGUUCACAUUUUCAUUUCAUUGGUUAUUCUUGGAUUGCUGUUUGUCUGCGGUAUCUUAUGGUGGCUGUAUUAUGACUAUACCAACGACCUCAGCAUAGAAUUGGACACAGAAAGGGAAAAUAUGAAGUGUGUGCUGGGGUUUGCUAUUGUGUCUACAGUCAUCACGGCAAUUCUGCUCGUCUUGAUUUUUGUCCUCAGAAAGAGAAUAAAAUUGACAGUGGAGCUUUUCCAAGUCACAAAUAAAGUCAUCAGAAGCUCUCCUUUCCUGCUGUUCCAGCCACUAUGGACAUUUGCCAUCCUCAUUUUCUUUUGGAUCCUUUGGGUGGCUGUGCUGCUGAGCCUGGGAACUGCCGGCACUGCCCAGGUCAUCGCAGAUGGCCAAGUGGAAUAUCAGCCUCUUUCAGGCAUUCGAUAUAUGUGGUGGUACCAUUUAAUCGGCCUCAUCUGGACUAGCGAAUUCAUCCUUGCCUGCCAGCAAAUGACCAUAGCAGGGGCAGUGGUUACGUGCUAUUUCAACAGAAAUAAAAAUGACCCUCCUGACCAUCCAAUCCUUUCGUCUCUCUCCAUUCUUUUCUGGUACCAUCAGGGAACAGUGGUGAAAGGGUCUUUUUUAAUUACUGUGAUGAGGAUUCCAAGAAUCAUUCUCAUGUGCAUUUAUGACACCCUGAAAACGAAGCAGCACGGCAAAUGGUCAAGGGGCACAUUCAGAUGCUGCUACUGCUGUUUCUUGUGUCUUGACAGAUACCUGCGCCAUGUCAACCAGAAUGCUUAUACUACCACUGCCAUUAACGGGACAGAUUUUUGUACAUCAGCAAAAGAUGCGCUCAAAAUUGCAUCCAAGAAUUCAAGUCAUUUUACACCCAUUAACUGCUUUGGAGACUUCAUGAUUUUUCUAGGAAAGGUGUUGGUGGUGUGUUUCACCGUUUUUGGAGGAUUGAUGGCAUUUAACUACAACCGUGUGCUCCAGGUGUGGACAAUUCCCCUGUUACUGGUCGCCUUUUUUGCCUACUUAGUCGCUCAUAGUUUUUUAUCUGUGUUUGAAACUUUGCUGGAUGCACUCUUCCUAUGUUUUGCUGUUGAUCUGGAAACAAAUGAUGGAUCCUCAGAAAAGCCCUACUUUAUGGACCAAGAUUUUUUGAAUUUUGUGAAAAGGAUCAACAGAGUUAACACUGCAAGGGCUCAGAGAGACAUGGACUCAUUAAGGACUGAAGAAGGAACAGAACUCGGGCCCAUUGUGAGAUAG